AUGCUUACUGCCCUACCGCGAAUGUCUACUCAAGACUUAUAUAGUGAACUACCUUAUAUUCUUCGUCGUGUAUUUGGUUACACCCGGCUUGAUUGGUUUCUAAAAGAUAUUGGUCUUGAUCGUCGACAAUUGUAUUCAAAUAUCUACGAUUUUUUAUGUCCAACUGGAAUUCUAUGGAAAACGUUACAACGUUUAUCGGAUGAUUCACAUCAUCAAAUUCGUUUUCAAUAUUCGAUUCACGAUUUACCUUCACACAUACGUUCAAAAUUGUUAACAUCACUGGAUCUGUUUAAAGGGCGUCUAAAUCAAUCUGAUUCGUCAAUUUUAUUAGACCCAAUUGAAUAUUUUCUAUUUCAUUUAUUAAAUUAUCCCGUCUGUGAUCAAUCAAUACAAGCUCAAUUUCGUCUUGAUAGCGUUUAUUUAUCUGUAUUAGAAGCCUAUUUAUGUCUGUUUUUACCAAUUGAUGUUCAAGAAUUUCAUUUAUUAUCAACAAAACAUCACAUAAAAACAACAAUACCAAUUCUAUCAUCACCCGUAUUGCAAAAACCACGUGUUCAACCACAAUCCUAUUUAUUUGGAAAUAUUGGUUCAAAAAGAUCACCACAGCAAUCACCACCAUCCAUGGAUCCCUUUCAAACAUCACCACAACUAUCGACAACGGAUGUCAAUGAACAAAUUAGAAAAAUUGAUUAUUUUAUUAAAGCUUACGUAGAAUUUCUAAUUGAUCUAUAUCCACCUCAAAGUUCAAGUUUUCGAUCGAUAAUUGUCCAAGAAUUUAAUUUGUCCGAUGUUCAUUUGUUAUCAAUUCGAAUGUUUAUAAAACGUUUACAUUUAUUUUGUUAUUCAAAUUUAUCUAAAACAAACAAUAGCAUGUCUCCUGUUCAACAACGAACAACAUUAUAUCCACUACAAGGUUUAAAAAAUUCAUGUAUUGAUUUGUAUGUUCGUCGUCCAUUAUACAAUUUAAUACAAAUCGGAAUUGUACGAUGUCCAUUAGAUUCACGAUUUAACACACUAUUGUAUAUUUGGUACACUUAUAUUCGCCCAUGGCGUUUUGAACAAUUAACUGGUUUAGCUGAUACGACAACAAUUGAUCAACAGGAUAAUCAACAACAAGAAUCUCAAAUAAGUCAAGAAUAUCUAUCAUUUAUUGAAAAAAAUUAUCUAUUUUAUGGUCGUUUAUUUCAAUUAGUUAUUGAUCGUCUUCAAAAAACAGACAUGACAAAUUCACUUAUUGCACAAUUACUAACAAAAUUAGCUAAUGUUUUUUCAUCAAAAAAUUUUUCAUCAAUUAUUACAAAAGCGGAUCGUUUCUCAUCUCCUUCUAGUCCUGAAACAUCUCCACAACGAAAAUUAUUCAUGAAUCCAUUUCAUUUAUCACCAAAUUCUUCUGCAUCAUACAUGAAAACAACCUUGACAAGACAAAAUUCCGAUUAUUCCCUAUUAUCAGAUGAUACAAAAACAUUGAUGGUUAGUUGUUUAAGAAAAAUUCAUUCAGCUAUUGAAACAAAUGCGAUAAGAAUAGAAGAACAACAAAAACUUGCAAAAGAACGAGCAUCGAAAACAACGAGUGUAACAAAUUCUAUUAUGAAAGUAGUUCACAAAAUAUAUCAACCAAAAACUGCACCAUCAUCAACAGGAAUUGGAACAAUUAUAUCGAAUGAUAUUAUUCAACAGUUGAUAACGGUGAAACAAAAAUUUGCAGAUUUGUUUCAAAUUGAUUUAAAUUCAUUUGAAUCUUCAAUAGUUGAUUCGACGACUGAUAACAAACAACUAACUUCAUCUACACAACAAAAAUUCUUUAAUGUUAAACCCGAACAAUUACGACCAAUGAUGUAUUACGAGCAAAAUCCGGAAACAGCCGAACCAAAUCAAUUUGAAUUAAAACCUCUAUUAUGGUUUAAUCAAAGAUUAUCGGAAAAUAUUAAUUUAAGAUAUGGUGAUUAUAUACGUUCGUUAUAUGCACGAAAAGAUUUUCUUGGUACAUAUAGUCGACAAAUAUUUUAUGGUACAUCGAUUGAUGAUGCAAAAAUUAAUUUUCGUCAUUUUACAGAUUAUCGAACAUUAAUAUUAUUAUUAUUAUCAGCUUCAUCUCAUAUGUUUCAAAAGUUAAAUCCAUUCACCAAUAGGUUGCGGACACCAGUUUUGAUUGUUAAUCGUGCAAUUAAUGUCACUAGUCCAAAUAUCAGUCCCUCUGAAAAAGUGUCAUCAAAAAUUUCACCAGCAGUAAUUAAAAAGUUUGAUGCUGAAGUUGCUUAUUAUCAACAACGUGGUCAUUUACCAAAAGAGUUUGUUUUAUACGAUCAACUCUAUGAAAAAUUGGAAGCAAUGGCAACAAAGACUGAACGUCUUGUUUAUUUACGUUCGAUUGGAUCACGUUUAGCACGACGUGCAAAACAACAAGUCACAAGUACAAAUAAUAAAUCUAACCAAUCAGAAUUGCAAACAGUCUUCAAAGCAUCUAGUAAAAAAAAUUUUGGAAUUUAUUCUGGUUUUUCAACUAUUUAUCAAUUUUUGAAAUCAUCCGAUUUAACAGCGUUGGCCACAUGGAAUUAUUUAAAAGCUCAUCGUCUACAAGAAUUUAUUAUAUUUAAUUGUUCUAAUUUGAAUUCGUCAACGUUAGCUCAAUUUCUUCAAGAGAUGAGAGUAAUGCUGAAUGAGAUGAAGGAACCAUGGUGGCCAAUAUUAACUAAUGUGACGAAAGAAACAGAAGAUCAAAUGUUAAUUGAUAUGAUAAACAAACUUAAUUUAAAUGAAACACAUUUUUUAUGGCAAACAGAACAGUGUAAACCAUCAAAAUUGAUGCCAAUUGAUAAUUUAACAUUGGUUUGUCAUGAUAGAGGAUAUCCAUUACAUGAGAUUGAUUAUAAUACGACUUAUGUUUUGCAAUUAGAUUCUGAUAAUAAACGAUGUUAUCUUGGAAAUGGAUCAGAUGAAAAUGAUCAAGAAAUAAAAUUAUACAAAAAUGUUGUGAAAUUAGAACCAAGAACACAGGGCUACAGUCGAACACUUCGGGUAUCUGCAGCCGAUGCCAUUCAUUCGUUAACAUUAAUGAAAGGUCGAGUACCAUUUUAUGAUAGAAAAAAGAAGAUUGAAAGUAUGAAAGACUCGCCGGAACCUAAAGACAAUAAUAACCCAAGUAACGCCGAUGAUGAUGAAUGGAGUUCGAAACGAACAUUGUUACAAAGCUUGGAUGAUAAUUUAUACCCCAUUAGAUCCUUCAAGAAUCUAUCAUGUUUCCGCAUACUUAUUUCUCGUGUUCCGUUCUAUGAAAUUGAGUGUGCACUAAAAAUGAUGCCUAAUUUAGGUACGUUAUCCGUCCGCGGUAGUGUAUCUGCAAAAGAAAUGAAAUAUUUUGAUGGAGAUGUUUGGAAGAAGCUUAUUACCUGCUCAUUAACAAAACUAGAACAUUUUCAAUUGCGAAUCAGCAGUAUACAGUUAGACGGCAACAAUUCAACUUUAUUAAGAGCGAAGUUUGAAGAAGAUGAGUAUUGGUUAACGAAAAGUGACAGAUUUCAUGUUAAAAUUAAUUUCGUUGUGGAUUUAGAUUAA